AUGUGCUACUAUUGUUACUAUUUAACACAUGUUAACUCUUCAACAUCAUCAUCAUCAUCAAAUAUUCACAAUAAUAAUCAAUAUUUUCGAUAUUAUUUUAAACGUCGUCGCAUGCGAUCAUAUAAUGUAACUAUGUCAUUAUGUCUUGUUAGUUUAACAUUAUUUUUCGUAAUGUUAAAUAUUACUCUUGUUCUUUCACAACCAUCACAAAUACAACAACAACAACAACAACAGCACGAACGAUCAUCAAAUAAAAUUCUUCAACAAAAUUCUCGAGAUCAUCAACAAGGCAAAUAUCAUCACUCUGUAUCAUCAUCCAAACCAACUAAUUCUAGUUCAGCAAUUCAUCCACCAAAAACAAAACGUUUAACACAUGAAAAACGUCUAAUACGUGAUUUACUUAAUAAUUAUCCAACAAUAUAUGCACGUCCAAUACGAAAUGUAUCUGAACCAGUAACUGUUUCAUUUGGUUUAACACUUAUACAAUUAUUUGAUCUUGGUUCAACUGGUCAAACAAUGCAAACAAAUACAUGGAAAACAUUAAUUUGGAAAGAUAUGAAUUUAGUUUGGAAUCCUGCUGAUUAUGGUGGAUUGGCAACAGUUUGUUUACCAGCUGAUUCAAUUUGGACACCAGAUGUUGUUUUAUACAAUUAUGCUGAUGAACGUUUAAAAGAUUGGCGUGAAAUAUCUGCUGUUAUACAACAUACAGGUGAUAUUCUAUAUGUACCAGCAACAAUGCAAUUUAGUGUUUGUUUUCUUGAUAUAACAAAAUUUCCUUUUGAUAUUCAUCAAUGUUCAUUAACAUAUCGUUCAUGGACAUAUGAUUUUUCAAAAGUUGUACUUUCAUUUAAAGAAGAUAUACCAGCUAUGGAUAUGACAUCAUAUUUAAAUUCAAAUGAAUGGAAAGUAAUACCACUUGAAGCAAAAAAAACUAUAACAAAUGAUACAUUUUCAUUAUUAACAUUUACAAUGAUUAUUCAACGAAAAGGUGGUCUUUAUGGUUAUAUUUUAAUAUUACCUUGUUUACUUUUAUCUGCAGCAACAAUGGUAGUUUUUUGGAUUCCACCUGAAUCACCAGCAAAAAUGAUUUUAACUAUAUCGAUUUUUUCUGGUCUAUUUCUUUUAUUACUUCUACUUGCUGAAUCAAUACCAGGUGGUGGUGGUACUCCUCACAUUGGUCAUUAUUAUUGUGUUAAUAUGGUUGUUGUUGCAGUUACAGCUGUACUUGCUACGAUUGUUAUACAUAUAUAUGUUCGAGGUGAUCGACGUCAAGGUGUUCCUCCAUUUAUACGUCGUUUUUUUCUUCAAUAUCUUGCUCGACUUUAUUGUAUGACUCCAAAAACACCUCCUAAUUUUUCUGGUUCUGUUCCAUCUCGUUAUGGUUCACCAUUAGCUGGAGCUCUUCUAUUACCAGAGAAAAUAUUUUUAACUCCACGUUAUCAUGAAGAAGAAUUUUCUAAAAAACUUAACUUACUUAAACAACGUUUUCAUGAAUUUCAUCGACGGCAACAACAACAGCAACAACAACAACAACAACAAAGUUCACUUGCUGGUAAUACAAUGGCAAAUGAUACAAUAGCCGCAUUGAGUGUUAAUUUACGUUCUAUUGAAAAUGAUUUAAAAGAAAUUCGAGAUUAUUUAAGACAUAUGAAGAAAAAAAUUGAAGAUACUGAUCGAUCAAAUAAAACAGCUGAUGAUUGGAAACAAGUUGCUCUUGUACUUGACCGAACAUUUUUCUUUGCUUAUUGUUGUUGGCUUGUUUUAUCACUUAUUGUUAUGUUUCCAAAGACGACUAAUAUAUCCAAAGGUACUUGGUCAACACCAACUUUAACAACAGUCACUAAUGGGACAACUAACUUAAGCAAUUUAACAUUGAUUUAA